AUGGCGGAAGAUGACGAUUUUGUUCUAAGCGAUGAGCAGGCUGCAAGAUUACGAGAACUUUUAGAUGCUGACAAUGAAGAUACUAUGAAUAAUGAAGAAGCUGUGAUAUUUUCCGAUGACGAAGAAUUAGAGCCUCCAAAUGAAAGACGAUUAAGAAAGAAUAGAAGGACGGAUUUCAAUGACGUUGAUUCUAGUGCGAUGGAUGAAGAUUUGAAUGACGAAGAUUAUGAAGAAAGUGAAGAUGAAGGAUCUGCAAAAGAUGGCGAGGAAUUGGAUGACGAGAAUAGCAACAUUGCUAGUGAAAGGGAUUCAGAGGAUUUAAAUGAAGGAGAAUUCGCAUUUUCCGAUGAAGAAGAUGAACAAUUGAGUGAGUCAGAUAUAGAUGAGGAAUUCGAAUUCAUCAAUGCGUUGCGGGAAGCCUCAAACUUUAAAACAAAGAAGAGAAAAGAAGCCAAAAAACCGAAGAAAAAAGGUGGUCUAGCAGCACUACGGAGGAAAAUAAGAAGGGAGGAACCUUCACCCGAAGUGAAAAUUCUCUUGGGGAAAGCAAAUGAAGCAUUUGUGCGAAAUGAACUUGAUAAAGCCUCAAACUUCUACCUUGAAGUUGUGAAAAUGGAUAAAAUGAAUUUCAGUGCUUACAAAACAUUGGGAGAAAUUGCCAGAUUAAAAGGAGAUUACAAUCGGUGUUCUAACUUUUGGCUUUUAGCGGCUCAUAUUCAUCAAUGGGAUUACGAAUUCUGGAGAGAAUUAGCAGAACUUUCCGUAGAAUUGGGCCACCAAAGGCAAGCUGUUUACUGCUACACAAAGGCUAUAAAAUCUUCACACCACAAGGAUUACGAGUCAAUAUUCGCUCGAGCUUGCAUUUAUAGGGAACAAAGAAGGUUUAAGAGGGCUACGGAUAGCUUAUUGAAACUCAGAACAGUGUUACCAAAAGAGCCAAAAAUUGUUCGUGAAUUGGCAAAGGUGUAUGUUGAUGAGGAUCGUGUAAAUGAUGCAAUUACAAUGUACAAGAAAAUACUUGAGGAUAAUAUGUCAUUUCGAAGGUUAAGACAGAAAAGAAGAAGCAGAUCAAAGCUGAAAUCUGUACCAUUUGGAUGGUCGGAGCUUAAUAUUCUUUCAGAGCUUUACAGUAACAAAGGUGCGUGGUCACUGGGAAUAAAAAUGAUACGUCAGAUAGCACGAUGGAUCGAGGAACGAGAGGACCAAACAUUUUGGGAUAAUAAGCCAGAUACUGAUAUCGAGUUUGAUGAACGCCGAUUUGACUUUCCGAAAUUUCAGAACUUAAAAAUUGAUGAGAAAAAGAAAGACUACGCAUUACCUAUCGACAUCCGAGUGCAAUUAGGACUUUUUCGGCUCAAUACCAAAAACACUACCGAAUCUAUGAAACAUUUUAACUUUCUUUUAAAUCAGCCUAUUGAAGAUACGACAGAUCUUUACUUGAAGGUGGGAAUGGAAUUAGAAGGUUUUGGUUUAUAUGGUGAGGCUCUCGAACUUCUUAUUCCAAUAUCUUAUAUUGAGGAGCAAAAUACACCAUCUUUGGUUCUAGCGAUUGCUAAAUGCCUGAGAGAAACAGGCGAUUUCGAGAAUGCGAAGGAAGCAUAUAUGAGGCUACUUGAGUAUAAUCCAGAAGAUGUUGAAAUUAAGGUUGCUUUAGCAGAAGUCUGCUUUUACUUAAAUGAUAUGGAUACAACUUCGAGGCUUUAUAAAGAAGCAAAGGAACAAAGAACCAAAGAAAGGGCAUCUGCACGGUCAAAUUUACUUGCAAAUGAUACAACUCGGGAACAUAACGAAGAGGGAGAGGAAGAAGUGGAGGAGGAAGAGGAGGAAGAGGAGGAAGAGGAGGAUAAUUAUGAAAAUGAUGAUGGGAUAUUUAGUAAGAAUAAUCAGGCACUUAUAGCAGAUCUUCCACAAAAGAAACCAAACAAAAAGAAGAAACUCACAUUUUCUGCUGCUGAACUUAAAAACAGGGUAGCAAAAUCAGAGCUACGUGUUACUAAGCAGUAUAAGAGAAUAAUGAGACUUUUGGAAAAUCUUCAUAACCAAGAGAGCACCGAAGUGGUUGGCUAUGAUGAAAGAACUGGAUUAGUUCCCGGACCUGGCGAAAAGAAUCUCCAUAUCAAGGCAAUUGCCUCGCUUUGGAUAGAUUUAACUUCUGAUUUAAUUGAAAUUUUUUCGAUGUACAGAUGCUUUUUCUCGUCUGAAAGGGCCAAAAGAUUUAAUGUGGGUCUUCGGAAAAGGACUGAGAAGCUUAGUAUUGAUCACAAACUUUCGAGAAUGAGAUAUCUUCAAAAUGAGAUAAUUCUCAGUGAAGAGAUGGAUAGUGCUGAAGAUGCUGUUAAACGGACUUCCUUUAGAGGCAUUACAUACGAACAAUGGUAUAAUCUUUUCAUGAAAUAUGCUAUUAUGAUUGCUCAGUAUGAGCAAGAUACAGAGAGCUCUAUGGCCAUUUUGGACAUUGCAAAGCAUGUGAACGUUUUUAAGGAUUAUAACUUAACAACGACACUGGUUGGAUUAUCAAUCGGUAUACAAUCUUCAGAUCAUUACUUAGCGCAAACACAGGUCCGGAAUCUUAUGAACGACUAUCAGUUCUGUCCUAUUGUAUUAAAAAUAUUCAUGGCCUCGUAUCUUCCGGAUUCUUUCAAUAUGGAGCAUUAUGCUGAUCCAUCCACUCAGAAAUACAUUUUGAGACAGGUAAAAGCGUAUGACUCCUUGAAGGAAAAGAAAGAUAUAACUGGAAUGGCAGCGAUCACAAAUAAAAAUGUUGAUCUAUCCACUAAUCAUCCGCUCCUUAAUUACAUCUAUGCCUCAUUACUUUACUUUAACAAGUCGUACUACUCGGCCCUUGCUUAUUGUGUCAAGCUCUACAGAAAUUUUGACAAUGAUCCUGCUCUUCUUUUUUUACUCGCCCUUUCAAAUUUAAACCGAUCAACACAGAGGAAAACGUUGAAUACAAACUUCCAGAUACUUCAGGGAUUAACAUACUUAAAAGAAUAUGCUGAAUUGAAGGAUAUGAAUGAUCCAUAUCAAAAAAUGGAAGUUCUUUAUAACGUUGGCAGGGCAUUCCACCAACUAGGAUUGGACAACAUUGCAAUUUCAUUUUACGAAAAGGUUCUUAAGAUUGAGGUAGAUGAUGACAAGUACGACCUCAAAAUCGAGACCGCUUACAAUUUAUACAUGAUCUACAACAUCCAUCAGAAUUUUCAGUUGGCGGAAGAUAUUAUGGACAUGUAUUUGGUUGUUUGA